AUGUCCAACGGUAAAGAUAUGAAAAAUAACAAUGCCGUUGACUCGUCCAUCUUUAGAAAUCUCGUAAAAAUCAUUAAUUUGCUUUCCGGACAACUCUCUGGACUUAGUAUUACGGCAUCAUCUGCAAUUAUAAAAUGUAGUUUCACGAGUCGAUCUCUUGCCAAUAAAGUAACCCGAAACCAACUAUUAUUUAACGAUUCAGCCGAAGUGGUACGAUAUCUCAACGAGUUUAGUGAUCAAACAUUCAAAUUAGGUGAAACAGUCGAAAAAAUGUAUCCUACUGGAGAAUCUGGUCUUAGAGAACUUGGGAUGGAAUUAACUUUCAUUAUCGAAAAGAUUCAACCAGAUCAAAUUCUUACGCGAAAAAAUGAACUAUAUUUUGAGAAACGUUAUAGAAGGAUUUUAAAUGUUGUCACUAGAUUACGAGAUCAAUUUCAAAAAGUUAUGAAUGAAAUUGAUGUGCUUUCUACUAUUUAUAGUGGAACGAGGCAUCAAUUAGAGAAUGGAAUAAAUGACGUAGAGGCUUUUUUUAACAAUAUUGCUCCGAUCAUGAAUCAAAUAUAUGAUACUGAACGAAUAACACGUGAUCUUGGUUAUCUGAAACGAAUUAUGGAAAAAGUUCCUAACAUUCGUAAUCAGAUCAAUUAUCUUUUGUUUGAAUUUAAUCAGUAUCGACAAGUACUAAUUUGGUAUUGCGACGAAUGGGCUCAUUUACAAAGACGAAAGCUGGUUUCUCUUGAAGAUAUUGAGAAUUUGAAGGUAAUGGUUCAGGGACUAGAUAGCGCGGCUGAAAUCUUUAAGAAGAAAGUUAAUGAAAAUGUUGAUUUAGUAAUUUAUGCACCUAAUAAUUAUCAACCACCCUCUUGUAACUGGGAAUAUUUAAAUUGGGUUAGUUUCUAA